AUGGGUAAUUUCUCGCGAUGCACCUCUCGAUUCGACGGGAAAAAGACGUUCGAUGUGGAAGCGUUUAUCGACGCGAUUACGACGUAUAAAGAUUGCACGAACAUAUCUGACGAAAACGCGCUAAAAGGGUUACCGAUACUUCUCACGGACCUUGCCGCGACGUGGUGGCUAGGCAUUAAACAUACAGUCAACACGUGGAAAGCCGCGAUAGAUCUGCUAAGGAAAACGUACGGUCCUAAGAAACCGGCAUACCGUAUAUACAAGGAACUAUUUUCUCUCGAGCAAGAAGGAAGCGUAUCGACGGACAUCUUUGUGUGUAAAGCUCGCGCAUUAAUAUCGAAACUUCCGUACGACCCCCCACUACUGGAAAGCGUCCAAUUAGACAUGGUCUACGGGUUGCUGUCGUAUAAGAUUCAGAAAGAGGUAUCGCACGAGAAGGUUACGUCGUUCGCUGAAUUGUUAGACCGCGCGAGGGAAAUAGAAGAAACGAUAGCGGAAGAGAUAGAUACCUCAAAACGAUCGCCGCGUAAGGACGGGACCCGCCCACGAUGUAAAUACUGCAAGAACUUCGGCCAUACCAUAGACGAUUGCAAGAGUAUCACGAAGAAGCCCGAAGAAAACUCAACCGCGCAUAACAAGAAAAGCAAGACGAAUUCGGACGCGGAGGACGCAAAGGCGACCAAUCCACGACCUCAGUCCGCGAUAACGUGUUUCGGAUGCGGAAAUCCUGGCUACCUUCGUAGAGACUGCCCGAAAUGCAACAAAAAUAAAGGCGACAAGGACGAGAAAAGCGAGACGAAGCCCGAAUUCUGCCUAAUAGACGCAUCGGAAAUACGCGCGAGGUAUAGGAAUCGACCGAUCCUCAAAGUAGAAAUCCUAGGAGCGAAAGGCACGGGACUGAUCGACACAGCCGCGAAACUAAGCGUCGCCGGACACAGCUUAUACAAAAUACUUAUCAAGAAGGGACAAGUAUUUGAGGAAUCAAACUUACGCAUUGGUUUAGCAGACGGUACGCGCAGCGAGAAACGCGUACUGACGACCAAGGUAAACGUCCGCUUACAGGACCGCGUGGUAAACACCACGUUCAUCGUAAUGCCAUACGCGACAAAUAAUUACACAUUAUUAGGCACCCAACGACGGCACCAGGCGGUAACGCGAAGCAGUCGGUGGAGGGAUGAGAAUCUCAGCAGCUCCUCAGCCUCUUCCGGUGCAGCAGCGACGGCCUCCCAGAGCCGUCGCUUCGGGAUCUGCCGAUGA